AGCCGCUGGGCAGCGAGCAGGGAGUGCUGCCGAGCAGGGGAUGGAGGGCGCCGCUUGCCGAUAGCGUCUGCAGACUUGUUCAAUCGGAGGCUUUGCGACUAAGAACAUGGAUUUGGUGAUCAGGCAGCAGUUAUCUGCAGCACAGAACCACCAAGACAUUCAAGCUUUGAAGAAAACUUAUGAGUUGAUCAAAUCAGCCAAUCAAGGGAAAUCUGCACUUGAUUCAUCAGAGAGCUUUAGCUCUGAUUUAUAUGUCUUGUGUGCAGAACAAGCACUCCAGAAUGCUAAUGUGAGCUGUUUGGACAAGAUGGAAGAGAAGUUGCUGAUGAAUGGUUGUUGUCAUGCAGAAGCUGAGAGAACAUUUUAAUCACAAGAGAUUGUUGCUGCUACCUCUGAGUGUUAUAUAAAAUAUGACUCAGUUUUUUAUAAGUUUGAAAUACUUUUAAAGCAUGAUUCUGCACUGAAAAGUGGCAUAUGAAGUUCCAAUGUGUUCAGUUUACAAGUAACAGGUUUUUAUUUCUUUUUCCUAGCUACCAUCCAUAUAAAUUGUAUCUGAGAUCUGAAAUCUAAUGUGCAUUAUUUGGGGGGCGUGCAUCAUUGCCAGCAAAAAAGAUUCUGUAGGCUAAAUUCUGCUCUUGAUUAUGCUUAUGCAACUCAGAAUUUGACCUUUCAGUUAACAGUUCUUUUAAUGACGUGCAAUACAGAGUUAAGUAUAAAAAAUAAUAAAUAUUUAUUUUUUGUACUAUAAUAAACCACUGUGUGACUGAAUAAACCCAGGAACCAGAUCUGUUGUUUAAAAAGUUGCCAUUUUCUAUAUUUUUGGAGGAGAAAAAUGGUUAACUUUAAAAUCUUAACGUAUUGAAUUGUUUGUGCUGGCCUUACUUUCCAGUUGUAAAUGGACCUAUGAAUGUACAUUCUGCUGUCUCACCAA